ACAUACUCUCUUUCCUCGUAUUCAAGAAUAAAAGGCCAUAAAAGUAAAUUCCAACUUGUUCAAUUUCUCGGAGAAUAUACAUAAAUAUAUAAAGACCUCACAGGGUCCAUCCACGACCUACAACACACACAAACACACACACACAAACGCCUACGUGCGUACAUACUUACAUGACUACCAGUAGCCAUGCCACUCUACGACGUCGAACACGUCACGCCCCUUACUCCCGACCAACAAGCCACUCUCGCCCAGGCCAUCACCGACCUACACGCGAGACGGUUCAAGACUCCCAAAACUUUCAUAAACGUGCGAUACACCGACGUAAGCGACCAAGUUGUCUUUCGUGGCGGCAAACGGGUCAGUUAUAAUCGCGUGGUUGUACGCACGAGGCAGGGAGAACGGCGCACCAAAGAAAUCUACGACGACCACGCCCGGGACAUCAUCAAGGCAUGGGAAGGUGUCGUCGUCGGCCCGGGACCCUCGCCGGGUGAUCCGAGCGCGUCGUUGAGGACGGUGUGGAUCAUGGGGGCGUUGACGACGGCCGUCGAGUGUGGGAUUGCUAGACCAAAGGUCGGCGACGAAGACAAGUGGGUGGAAGAAAACAUGGAUGAAUUCAAAAAGUUGGCAGCAUCAGGGGACACCGAUUUCAUCGACCUGCUUCAUGAAUUAGAAGCGAAUGACGACUAAAACUCCUUGGGAAAUUGCAAAAUCCAAAAU